UGGAACGCCGUGAUGAAAAACCAAAGGAGAUGACUGAGAUGUUCCAGGGACGACCAGACUUCCUCUACAGCAGAGUCACUAUGUUUGGAAAACGGCCAAAGAAGGUGGCCAUUGCAGGAGGACCUAUGGAGGUCAAUCCAAGACCAAUCUUGAAAAUUACAGAACGUUUCUGUAGAAACAAAGAGAAGCCAGCCAAUGAGGAUGUGGCAGAGCGUGUUUUCCUGAUCACAGAGGGUCGCAUAAAUGUCCACUACCAACGGCUUGAUGACCACAUUACCACAUCCUAUUGGGAGUUCCAGAAACCGCCCAACCUAGGAGAGAAGGGCAUCUCCAUUGUUCUGAGCCCAGAAACUUGCAUCUCCUACCAGGUUGAGCCCUCUGAGAAGUUUAACAAACAGCUAUAUGUCUAUGAAAACUCUUCUCCAGCUCCAGGAGGGGGAGCGGAGUGCCAAGGAGGCCAUGAGGAAGGCUGAGGCAGAGGUUCUUGAGAUCCUCAAAGUCCGGGCUCAGGAAGAACUGGAUCCUGAGCUGACGAUCUCCAUCUAUGACACCGAGCGGAACGAGAAGAGUAAAGAACAAAGAGAGGCGCUGGAACGAGCUGCUCGGGAAGAGCGCCUCCAAUGUGCCUUGCUGGAACUGGACUACUUAGCGUCAUUCUUGGCACGUUUGGGAAAUCCAGAGAGACUGACCCGUGCACAGGCCCAGCAAGUGAGGGAAGACUGCCUGAGUGACCUGAAACAUAGGCUCAUUGAGCAGGCCAAUCUCAUCCAGGCACGGUUUGAGAAGGUAAGUACUUCUACACCGCCUGUAAUACUAUCGUCACAAUAUGAGCAAGGAGGGCCAUUUACAUCAACUGGUAACUGUCCUUCAUCUGGGUUCUUCUCAGUGCUUGUUCAUGUGCAGAUAUCUCCACAUGUUGUCAAAGGGAUAUCCAGUGUGUAG